CAUUCCAAAAUGGCUCCUACUAACAGUGGACACUAUCUGAUAACGAAGGAUUAAAGGGAAAUUAUACGCACUUAAUGAAUUUGGUGAAGAUUAUGUUUACCAACAGCAGAUUUGGUUUACCUACAGUAGUCUAGCGUCUGUCUGGGUUACCUAAAGCUUCAAACUAAAAUGCUAACGCAUUCACAGAACAAGGAGAACCACCGGGACACGGAGCUCAGCCGUCGGUCGAAGAGGGAUCGCUGCAGGUUUUCGUGUGCGGAGCUCUAAGCAGCUUCGCGGAUUGAAUGAUAUGGAAACAGAAGGAUAUGGAGAGUCGGUUCUGGCUCUGACAGUCGAUGUCAACGAAAACGAAGAUGCAGGCAAAUCGUUCGUUUCGUCGCAGAUUGAUCACAACAUAGGAGGAAAGGCUCACCCAUUAGAAGAAAACCGAGCAUGCCCGGCUACUGAGGGUCAAGUGGGGAAGGGUCAUGUGUAUGCUGCCAGCAAUGGGAGGAAUGUAAACAAUGAAUGUGACGUUGAACCAUCGCAGUAUGUUCGAGCCGGGAACUCCGUGAUUUUGGAUUUAGUUGCAGACUGUCUUCCCACUCGGUUGAAAGACAGCUGUGUAAUUUCCGACCUGUGCAACGAGCAUACACUGAAUGGAUUUACUGACUCAUCGGUUCAGGUAAUGGUAGGGUUGGAGUCUGGCUCCAACGCUGCAGAAGGGGGGAGAGGGGGGACCCUUUCCUGUAGAGACACAGCUGGGCUCGUCGACAGAGAAGAAGAAGGGAACGGAAUGUUACUGCCGCUGGAUCGUGUUUCAGAGAAGGACGAGGAUUGUUCGGGGGAAACCCCGAAUUUCAAUAUUGAUAACCUGGACAAGGGUUCUUGCCCGAAGGCAGUUGUCCCUUCUCUCGCACCAACCUUGUCAUGCCUGAGCAAACAUGAGCUGAAUUGCACUUGCUCUGACGUUUUAAACAUGAAAAUGCCCAACGGGGAAGCGGACUGUCUGUCAAAUUAUGACAAAGACGUGGACGUUUCUUAUUCUAGUCCAAAACACACGUCGUACAGCCUACGUUGCCAAGGACAUGGUUCCACUGAUAAGGAAAUAAAAGUAGCAAACGGUGGCUUACACAUAGUAAAGAAGUCAGCAGCAUGUGACUUUGAAUUGCCUUCCACUCAAAAUAUCACGGACGUUCCAGUCGACGUAGGCAUGAUCGAAUCUCAUCUGCAAUACAAAAACAUCCGGUCCUCUGCUACAUUUUGUGAAAGCAACAGCGGGGGACUCAGCCAUGAAUGCCCAAGGGAAGCUGCCCCAGCUGCAGGCGAGCCCGCAGAGGAAGUGGGAAGUACUCUGGACCCCGAUGUCUCUAUAGAAUCAAGUGCCAACAUCCAUUCCCUGUGCCCGUCUACUCUUUCUAUCAACACCAGCGAUAGUCAAAUCACUGAGUCCAGUGCUAGAGAGGACUUCAGUGAGAGCAGCGUGCCAGCCAGGCCGCUCAGUCUCAGGACUAACCCGAAUACUGCGCUUUCAUUGAGCUGUGAUGCUACUCCUCUUAGCCCGGAGGACGGGGACUUUUAUGGAGCCGAGGGCUACAUCGACCCCAGAAACACUUAUGAAGUCAGCCGUCGUCAAAGUGCCCCAGACACAUUGCCUGACGAGUCCAUCAUGGUGUCCAAUCCGUCGGAUCAGAGACUGAUCUCAAAGAAGUUUGGCAUCGCAGAUUUUUUCACCAGGAGCCUGUUUUCUAGGAAGCCCAAAGAGUCCAAGCCCCCAUCCCAGAAUGCACCUGGGUGGAGGUUGUUUGGAAAGGUCCCAUUACGAGACAGCGAUGCUUCUAAAGACUCCAUGGCCAUACAGCAGGAGGCCAGCCUCGACAGGCCUCUCGAUGCUGAGGCUGAUGAGCCCAGUCUCUCUCCUCCAGGGGAGUUCCCAGUGAAGGAGGACCAGCAUCGCCCCCUGUCUGCAGGGAGGAGGAAGAACCUGGAGUUUGAGCCCCUCUCGACCACCGCUCUCAUACUGGAGGACCGGCCGGCAAACCUUCCAGCCAAGUCUGAGGAGGAGGCUCAGAGACACAGACAGGAGUAUGACGAGAUGGUGGCAGGAGCCAAGAGAAGAGAGCUGAAGGAGGCGCAGAGGAAGAAGCGUCAGAUGAAGGAGAGGAUCAGACAGGAGGAGAGCAUCGCCAGCGCCAUGGUCAUCUGGAACAACGACAUCUUGCCUCACUGGGAGACCAUGCGUAACACCAGGAGGGUGAGAGAUCUGUGGUGGCAAGGUCUCCCCCCCAGCGUCAGAGGACGGGUCUGGAGUCUGGCCAUCGGCAACGAGCUCAACAUCACACCAGAGUUGUAUGAGAUCUUCCUGUCCAGAGCCAAGGAGAAGUGGAGGAGCUACAGUGAGACGAGCUCCGAGAACGAGAUCGAUGACUGCGGGGCGUCUCUGGCAGACAGAGAGUCUAGCUUGGACCUGAUCAAACUGGACAUCUCCAGAACCUUCCCCUCCCUCUUCAUUUUCCAGAAGGGUGGUCCAUACCAUGACCUGCUCCACAGUGUUCUGGGGGCGUAUACCUGCUACAGACCAGAUAUCGGAUAUGUCCAGGGCAUGUCCUUCAUCGCUGCAGUGCUGAUCCUGAAUCUGGAGGAGGCCGAUGCCUUCAUCACCUUUGCUAACCUUCUCAACAAGCCCUGUCAGAUGGCCUUCUUCAGAGUGGACCAUGACCUGAUGUUGAAAUACUUUGCUGCUUUCGAGGUGUUCUUCGAGGAGAACCUCCCCCGCCUCUUCAGUCACUUCCAGACCAACAACCUGACCCCCGACCUCUACCUAAUAGACUGGAUCUUCACCCUGUAUAGUAAGUCUCUGCCGCUAGAUGUGGCGUGUCGUGUGUGGGAUGUGUUCUGCCGCGACGGCGAGGAGAGCUUGUUCCGGACCGGUCUGGGGAUCCUGCGUCUGUACCAGGACGUCCUGCAGCAGAUGGACUUCAUCCACAUGGCCCAGUUCCUCACCAGGCUCCCCGAGGACAUGGCUGCGCACGCGCUGUUCUCCUGCAUGGCCACCACGCACAUGCUCAGUAGCAACCGCAGGUGGGGCCAGGUAAGUGGAAAUACACAUGUUGAGUCACCUGGGCACACGCGUAUGGUGAAGACUACGAUAGCACGUCACAAAUAAGUCUUUUUCUUAAGUAUUGUCAUUUCAUAGUACGUGUUUAUUUACCUCAGGUCUUCUCUGCAUUGAUGAAGGACGGCAGUAAGGAAGCGGACAAGAACAAUAGUCCUGCGUUGAGAAGCUAGUGCUAAUCCACCAUUAAGCAUGCCAGCCCCAAGCUAGAGGUAGCCCAAUACCAAGGUAAGGCUAGCCUAGUGCUAAGCUAACACUCACCCAGGAUAAUGAUAUCCCAGAACCAAGCUAACAAUGGUCUGGUAUCAAGCUAAUGCUACCUGGGCAUUAUGAUACAAUUAGUCCUUUAUCAAACUAAGGCUAUAUCAGGAUAACACUAGCCAAAUGGUGUACAGUGAUACAAACUUCCCCGGAUUUACCAUUGGAAACAGGGACUUGUACUAGCCACAAAGCCGUCUCUGUAAGUCUGGCAGCAAGAACAACUAUUAUUUACAUUCAUAAGUGCUACAGAAGCAGUAGAGAGAUGGUUUGCUUGCCAAUGUAAGGCACUAAAUACAUGAAAAGCAGGUAGUACUACCGUUUGGCAUCUGUACACUAGGAGCCGUUUGUGUCCGAGCACAGUUGGAACCGUGGUAGCUAAAAUGAAGUCAACUGACGCACACACACCUCAGUCCCAAGGGGGAAAUCUUCAUUGUUAAUAGUGGCGUAGCACACAGUCACUAGGCAUCAAGGUUUACCUCAACACUCCUUUGGUUAGCUUAUGCUAUACAUGUGAACUCUACCUGCAUUUUCACCCCUACCUCUGUUUGAACAUACACACGCUGACACACACACACACCAGCGUAUGAGCAGGCCUUAAGUGGGAUUCCUGGAGCCACUUGAGACGCCAGUGCAGCCUGGUCUAAAGUGCUAUCUGAAUACACACCUGAUACAGGCCAUUUUUUCUAUUUCUGGAUGGUCAUACCAAAUUCCUCCAUGACGUAAGUGUUUGUAUUUGUAAGUAUGAACUUGUGGCUGACCAGUCCCUCACCUGAGAUCCAUUUGUCGUUGACUGUGAUGCGGGUGCAGGGAUUUUAGGCCCGGGCCUUCAUUAAAGACGUAUUUGUGUGGUGUAUCUACGUAUUCAUGUAUUAUGUACAUUCUGUAUGCUCCUCUCAAACAACAAUCCCACUGGCCUCCAUGGCAACACUUCCAAGUUACAGCAUUGUCGAAUAUGUGAAGAGUAUAGCUACGUGCCCUUCUAAUUCUGCUAGCUGCAGUAGACAUCACACACCCCAUUGGAGGAAAAGAUGUGAGCAGGAGAGGAUAUUUUUAUAUAAAAGUGCAAUAGUUAUCUGUCUUGCUGGGCAUAUGAGGUUUUCAGUGUUUUGAAAAGAAACACACGUUUGAACAACUGCUUCGUAUUGAGUUUAGCGGCUUCAGUAGUCAGCCAUGCUUUGAUGGUAUUAUCCUGCCUUUAUGACGGCGCAGUGCUUUGAUUAAAUAUUUAGGCAGGGGAGGUGAGGGGAGGGGGCAGAAAUUGUAAAUGCAAUUUUCUUCCUGUUCAUUUUAUGGCUAUGUACAUCAAAUAAGGCUUGUUUUAUUUCUCCCACAAUAAAAUGGUCCAAUGGAUAUUAUUUAAGUUCUUUCAUUGCUCUUGGUUGUAUUUUAUCUCUAUGUAAAUGAUUAAUUUAGGUUUCUGUUUGUUUUCAACUGUACAGUUUUCUUAUGCCUUACUGGUUCUGUACAUAACAUGUAAAAAGAUCCUCUCUUUCAUAUAUGAACACUAGUUACAUGUGUAAAUAAAAAAGUUA